AUGACAGAUAAUGAUUCAACUUGUGCACCAUCAUCGAGUCCUGGUUGCUCUUCUACUCCUAAUGUGGAAGAAUUUUUUGUACCUAUUUAUGAUGAGAUCCAAGAUGAAGAAAUGGAGCAAGAACCUCAGAUUGACUCUAAUCAAGAGUUAGGUGGGGACGAGGAUGAUCAUCCUUUCAAGAGAGCAAGAAAAUCAGAGGUGUGGAAGGAUAUGGAGGAUCCCAUAAAAAUAAAUGGGGAAUGGAAAACUCAAUGUAAGCAUUGUAAAUCUCGUUAUACUGUUUCAAAGAGUGGCACUACUAGUCAUAUAAAAAGACAUUUGUCUAAUUGUGCUCAAAGAAAAUUGAAAUUAAAGCAACAAAGUAUGAUUAAGUUUUUGCCAUCUGAUUCAAGUGAGGGUAAACCAAAUUCUGGAGGUGUUAGUGCUUUACAUAAUGGUAAACUAGAUAUGUUAUCUAUGACGGAGGGGAUUGCUAAUUGGAUUGUCAUGCAUGAAAAGCCUUUUAGUGUUGUAGAAGAAGAAGGUUUUAACAUGAUGUUAAAGAGGGGGAUACCUCAAUGGACAUCCGUUUCACGUCACACUAUUAAAACUGAUGGUUUCAAAGUCUAUGAGGCAGAGAAAAAGAAAUUAAAGGCUCUUUUGAAGGAUGUAGAUAGAAUUUCCUUGACCACUGAUCUUUGGCGUGCUAGACCACAAAGGAUUGAGUACAUGGUUCUUACGGGUCAUUUUGUUGAUCGUGAUUGGAAACUCCAAAAGCGAGUUUUGAGUUUUGUUCAUAUACCUCCUCCUCGAAAAGGCAAAGACAUAGCAAAUUGCAUUUUCAAAUGUUUGAAGGAGUGUGAUAUUAUGAAUAAAGUUUUUAAGGUUUCGGUUGAUAAUGCCAUUGCAAAUGAUUCAUUCAUACAAAUUAUAAAGGAUACUUUCUCACUUACAAAGAGGUUGUUAUGUGGUGGAGCAUUAUUUCAUGUACGUUGUUGUGCACAUAUAUUGAAUAUUAUGGUGCAACAUGGUCUCAAGCAAGUCAAAACCAUUGUCAAGAAUGUUCAUGAUACCGUAGAUUAUCUCAAUGGGAGUGAAGCGAGAAUGAGAAAAUUUGCGGAAAUUGUCCAACAAUUCAAUCUUAGAGAGCGGAGUUCUGAUGAUUGGCAAAAGAUUGAAAAACUUCUUGAUAUCUUAAAAGUGUUCUAUGAUAUCACAAAUGUUAUCUCAGGAUCUGAAUAUCCCACUUCCAACUUUUUCCUUAGUGAAGUUUUUUACAUCAAAGAAAUGUUGGACAAAAAUUAUUGUUCUCCCGACCCUUUUGUUAAAGAUAUGGUGAAAAAUAUGAAAGAAAGAUUUGAUAAGUAUUGGGGUGAAUGUAAUUUACUCAUGGCUAUUGGUGGGGUGUUAGACCUUCGUUUGAAAAUGAAGGUUGUUGAAAUUACAUUUCCUCAUAUGUUUCCUUCCAAUGUUGUUAGGGAGAACAUUAAUAAGGUUAAGGAUACUUUGUAUGAGUUAUAUGAUGAGUAUAAGGCUUUGUAUCCUCCUUUGGAAGAAUAUCAUGGAGAAAGUAGGAGUGGAGCUCCACUUGUAGUUCAAGGGGGGAGCCUUCUGGGGAUGUCAAGGGUUUUACAAGUUGUUAGAAGUGGGAUAAGAGUGGAGCCUAGAAAAUCAGAACUUGAUGUCUAUCUUGAGGAAUGUACUGCAACUGAUGAAGGACAUAGGUUUGAUGCCUUAAAUUGGUGGAAGGAAAGAGCUAGCAAAUUUGUUGUUUUGUCUAGAUUGGUUGCUGAUGUGUUAGCUAUUCCUAUUACCACUGUUGCUUCAGAGGUUACAUUUAGUGCUGGGAGCCGAGUUAUUGAUCCAUAUCGAUCUUCAUUGCUUCCAGAAACCGUGCAAAUGUUGAUUUGCACGGGAGAUUGGAGUAGGUCCACUUUUGGAAUCAAGAGAAAGAACAAAUUUGUUGAUGAAGAUGAACCAAAAGAAAUCAUGAUUCCUAUUCCAUGA